AUGCGAGUGAGCACCUGGUUGGUUAUUCCCGUUGUACUAGGCGCACUGUGCUUUGCGCUAUCACAAUUUACUAUGAAAGAAGUGGAGGAUGCUUGGUAUGGGCAUUCUGUUGCCAAUGUGACUUCAGAGUCGGCUCAGCUGAAAAAUCAGAAAUAUGUGGGUAAUCACACUCCAAAGACAGUUGGCCUUGAAGAUCACAAAGACCAUCCUCUAGAGGAAAGCUUCUGCUGUUGCACAAUAGACACAAUCAGCAGUGGCACUAAGGAUAUUGCUAAACUCUUAAACAACAUAACAAAGCGACCAUUUUUUCGUUUCUUCAAAGUGAAUUUGGAGAAGCCUUGUCCUUACUGGGCGGUUCAACUUCUUUGUACGAGCGAAAAAAGUAGCUGUCAGGUUUGUUCGUGUGAUGAAAAUGAUGUCCCUGAGGCUCUUAAAUACUCACAUGAUAUGAGCGAUCCUUCCAUAAGUGAUUCUCAUGUUUUGUAUACAGCACCAAAUCCUCUGAACGUUGAUCAGUGGGGUAUUUGGAGGGAUGCAGACACGGCUGCGUCGUAUGUUGACCUUUUUCAAAAUCCUGAGGGAAACACAGGGUAUUCAGGGCCUAUGGCGUCUCGAGUGUGGCAGGCUAUUUACAAGGAAAACUGCAUGACAGACACCUCUGAAGAGGGUGUGUUAAAUCCUGAAAAGCAAUGCAAGGAACAACUAAUUUUUAAAAAGUUGAUUAGUGGAUUACACACUUCUAUUACAAUGCAUGUGGCUACUUUUUUUCACAAGGACGUUGCGGGAACAUCGCCGUUAAAAGAGUUUGGAGUGUUGAGAAACCCCAAUAUUUCCUAUUUCCCAAACUGUGUGAUGUAUGGGCGGGUCGUAAGCAACAAGGAAUUUGUUAAUAAUCUUUAUGUACUCUAUCAAUUUAUUCUCCGUGCACUUACAAAAAGCAGGUUGGAGUUUCUCUCCGAUCUCAAUGCAUUUAACUCUGGGAGUAACGGUGUGCCUACAACGGAAGAUCUCCUUCUCCAUGCAGAACUUCGGGAACUUUUUAAUAACCAUUUAUUGUGUUCUCCAACUUUUGACGAAACAAGAUUUCUGGAGUCAGCAGAAGCGCAUCGACUUGUUCCACAAAUGAAGCAAAUGAUGUAUAACAUUACAACCUUGAUGGAUUGUGUAACCUGUGAGAAAUGCCGCGUGUGGGGAAAACUUCAAACUAUGGGCAUUGCCACAGCACUCAGGAUUGUUAUGGUUCCUGAAGACACGGUAUCUGGACUCAGUCGAGGAGAAAAGGUUUCCCUCAUCAACCUGGCGCGUCAGCUUGCGAUUUCAGUUCAAAGUUUUCAUGUACUGAAGGCUGUAUGUCAAAAAAUGGAAGCUGCGCAAAAAUAG